CGACCAUUUAGACUGCUUGACUCCCUGUACCAAUCAAGAAACACUCGUCAUGACCUCGCCCACGUCCUCUCGCGUCGUAGACGUGCAGAGGCACCUAGAAAGCGUGUCUGCUUUUCAUGCUAGAGUCGUCAGCGGCAAAGGCUGCAAGGAUGCUCAGGUGGACUGUGCGGAAAGGCUUGGCGCGACUGUCCAGCACAUGCGUCAAGUUUUCGAGGAGCAGAAAAAGGGUGCGCAUGCUUUGCAAGGACAAUUGCUGGCUUCAGAUCACAUGAGUGGGCUUGGGGAGA